AUGGACCUGAACCUGACCCCGCCCGCACCGACGGCGGUCGCGCCCCUCGUCGCCGCUGCGGCUCAAGUGGGUUAUCAGGGCGGUGCUGUCAACCAGGUCAUCACAACACGUAUCUCAACCGACGUGAACCCGGAUUUCUCCCUGGAUAAUCUGCCCGUACCCUCACAUGGCUCAGCACAAUCUAAAAGGCCAUUUUUGCCGCUGCGCCGAGCCACCAUUCUUCUCAACGAUAAUAGCAACUCCUUUGCCUUGUCAGGUAGCUUUACUGGACUCAGCGAAUUUGAUAUCCUGGCCGUUCUGCCCGGCACGGACAAGCUAUUUGCGCAAUGCACGGACAAACUGGAAGUGGAUGUCAUUAGUUUUGACCUGACCGCCAAACUGCCGUUUCGUGUCAAGCCCACACAGAUCCGACAGGCACGCCAGCGCGGGGUAUACUUUGAGCUUCAAUAUGGUCCUCUCCUGACCGCAGAUGCUGCGACGCGUCGGCGAGUCAUGAGCAAUGCUCAACAGAUUGUUCGCAUGACCAAGGGCCGCCAAAUCUUGCUUACUUCCGGGGGUUCCGCGCCCAACGUACUGCGCUCGGCCCAUGAUGUUGCCAACUUGGGCCGCCUCUUUGGCCUGACACGAGAUUGGCGGCAACCUGCGCCCACGGCCCUGCCAAAGCGGUCCAAGUCCAAGCCGGCCCAGGUCCCGCCCAAGAAGGCAAAAGAAAGUGCCGCACCACCCCACUCAACAACCAAAGGCAACAGCAACGCGGCAACGCCCGCGACGCCCGCCACCGUUGAUGGCAACCCUGCACAAGCCAAAAGUGCCAAACGCGCCAAGCGCGCCAAUUGA